AUGCCUGUUGUUACGCCAACACCUGUUGUGAUUGCUGAAGCGGAAACAACUCUGGCGAAAGAGUACAAAGAGUUCAAGAAAGCGAUGGAGACCGCCAGGAGACAGAAGAAGAUUGCCAACCGUCUCAAGAAGCUACGCGUACGUCUCAAAGACACCACUAUCCCUGCCAAGGUGUACAAGACCGGGACCAUUCAAAACCAGGAGCACAAUCUCACCAAGCUUCCACAGGAAGUCCGAGCCAUGAUCUUCAAAGCGCUGCCACUCAACGCAGAUCGCGCCUCCUUAGCUCUUACAUGCAAAAUCCAAGCCGCGUCGUACGAAGAAUUGAAAGCGGAGAAGAACAAGAAGGACUACGACCAUCAAGUGCCUAAGCGCUCCCUUCGAAUCCAUCGUCUGCAAAUGCUUGUUCGCAUCCGUGACACCAUGCCCCGGCAGUAUCGGCUGUGCUAUACGUGCCUCCAAUUCAUCGACACGGAGCACCUGGACAACAAAGGGACUUGGGGAGGCGAUCCCAUGCAAGUGCAGGGCCUCAAAGCGGACAAAGCUGCUAUGGUAAAAGGGCCUCGCUGCCCCCUUUGCGUCGCUGCUGAGAGGUUGGAGACUGCGAAACAUAAGAGUACGUACAAGAAGUACCUGGCUCUAGCAGACAGCUGCUCUCUGAAGAAGUGA